GUGAAUGGGUGCUUGGUUAGUACAUUCGACGAUGUUUUUGGUUGUUUACAUGCUUGGAGAGGUUAUAAAGGGUUCUAUAAUGCAUUUGGUACUGGGAAGAAUGCCUGGCAGAGGCUUGAUAAGAAGAUAGUUGAAACUAUAUCCCGGCGUAUUGUCUCACUUGUUUCAUUCAAUGGAAACGGCAUGAGGUUUUUUGUAUGCACAGGCUUCCUUGUAAAGUGUCCUUUGACAAACGGGGGCACACGCAUUGUCAUUGUGACUUCAGCCAGUUUGGUUAGAACCUGUGAGGCUACAGACACGAUUGAUGAGAAUAUGAGGAUCAAGGUGUUUCUCCCUCCGAAUCAACGCUUGAAUGGGACACUGGAAUCAUACCAUUCAGGGUAUAACAUUGCUAUUGUGACUGUUAAGGGUUUGCGCAAGGGUCUUCCAGAAGACCUGGAGAUUCAUCCAGAGUCCUUGCCCAGAAGGGUGGUAGCUAUCGGGCAUGAACCCAAAGGACUGUUGUGUGCCUCGAUGGGCGAACCUAUACUCGGUCGCGAAGACCUGGACAAGCGUAGCGCAUUUGGUUGCAAGGACCUUAGGCUGUCAGACUGUAAAAUCGAGAAGAUUGGGAUCGAUGGCCCCCUGAUUAACUUUUUCAAUGGGAGCCUCGUCGGCAUAAACUUUUACGAUGGAAGGCCCAGUGGAACUCCUUUCCUGCCUUGCAAGAAAAUCUGUGAAGUCCUGCAUCUGUUUGGCUCGAGUUGGAACGGAGGAAGACCAGCGAGGCCAUUCGCAGACUGGACAAAGGGCAACACGAGACGAACAACCAAAAUCGGUGGCCGGUGCCGCCGCCAUUCUGGUACCAUGGUUGGCUGGAGGUGAAUAGGUUUGGCCAAAUGCCCAUGAGAGGGCGGUUCUUCAGUAGAUGCCUCCGCACCGUGAUGUUGAAAUGGUAUCGAUGUGGGUGGUUUGUUCGUCCAUGGAUGUACGUCAUCACCUGUAUAUAUAACCGUGGGUCACGUCGAGUGAAUCUAAGAUUUCUUGCUUUCUUUCUUUUUUUGAUGUGUGUGAAUCUAAACUUCAUGCAGUUAUACAUUGUUAGUUAGAUGGACUUAUAUAUAUGUCUGAUGGCCUGG